CCGAACGUUCGCAAUGUUCCACGCCGUGUGCACAUGCGCGCACGCAUCGUAGCCUUCGCGAUACCAAGCUUUUAAUUUUAACAAAAUUUGCUAUCAUGACGAUUAUAACUUCGACCAUUUCAAUAUAACAUUGACAACUUUAAAAAUCGUUUAUAUAUUUUUAACGAUUAUUUAUACGUACCUAAAUAUGAAAUAGUUGUGUAAACAAAAUAAUAUUUCUGAGUGAUUAAUUUACUUGUGUAAUUAAAAAUGACGCAAGGGAAGACAUGUGUGGAUACGGAUGCGUUGCUGCGGGAGCUAGGGCAGUUCCGUCGCUAUCACCUUAUGAACUAUUUCCUGAUCGCUUUAGCGGGUUUUUCAGCAGCUAUAUACGGAAUGAAUUAUGUGUUUCUAGCCGCUGAUGUGUCGUACAGAUGUGUGAUCCCAGAAUGCGAGCUAUCCAACAGCACGGAGUACUCCCCACCAUGGCUCGAGCUGGCCCUACCAGAAGGUACCCAGGAGCGCCGCUGCUCCGCGCGCACUCCGGUGGACGCCUGCGACAGCUUCUCGGAGGAACUGCGGCCCUGUGACCAUUGGCUGUAUGCUUCAAAGGACACGAUUGUUGCUGAGUUCAAUUUGGCGUGUCAAGAAUGGAAGCGCACGUUAGUAGGCACCAUCCACAACAUCGGAAUGCUGGUCUCUGUGCCCUUAUUAGGAUACAUAUCUGACAGAUGGGGCCGCAAAAAAGCAUUGGUGCUAAGCUGCACGCUGGUGGGCGCGAUCGGUUCCCUCAAAGCUUUUUCCAUUUCCUACGAAAUGUAUGUUAUUGUGGAAUUCUUGGAGACUGUAGCGGGGGCCAGUGCCUUCCCUGCUGCUUAUAUUUUGACUAUCGAACUCUUGGGACAAGACAAGCGAGUGCUAACAACUGCGUUCCUGGGCAUCGUGCUAGUCAUAGGCGGCUUAUGUUUUGCCCUCCUCGCAAAGACCUUCCAGUACUGGCGCACGUUUAUCCUCGUUGCUUACCCACCGUCCCUUCUCUUCAUAUCCUACAUAUACUUCUUACCAGAGAGCAUACGCUGGCUCCUCUCUAAAGGAAAGAAAGAAGAAGCGCUUAAAAUAAUAACGAAAGCCGCUAAAAUGAACAAGGUGACGCUAUCAGAGGAAAUUAUGCGUCAGUUGACAACCGUUGAUGAAAAAGUGAAGACAGAAGAGAAACGACCAGUGGAACAAGGGCUUUGGAUGCAAGUGGUGAAAUCUCCAAUAAUAAUGUCACGAUUGGCCAUCUGUUCUUGGUGGUGGAUUACUUGUACGUUCGUGUUCUAUGGAUUGGCGAUUAAUUCUGUGUCUCUGGCGGGAGACAAGUAUACGAACUUCAUGUUGGUGGUCAGUGUGGAAGUGAUAGCGGUGGUCACUAAUGCGUUAGUGUUGGAUCGGAUUGGAAGGAAGCGGACUCUGCUGAUUGCUUACAUGGUUUGCGGAGUGUCCUGUAUCGCGAUCGCGUUUGUUCCUAAAGGCAUGUCCUGGCUCGUGACGCUCUUGUACCUGGUGGGCAAGAUCGCCAUAACGCAGGCCUUCAGCGGCAUCUACAUGUACACGUCGGAGCUGUUCCCGACGCACGCGCGCCACUCGCUGCUCGGCUUCUGCUCGAUGGUCGGCCGCGUGGGAUCCAUCGUGGCGCCGCAGAUGCCGCUGCUUGCCAUCUACAUCGACUGGUUACCUUCAGUGCUAUUCGGGUCCACUGCGCUUAUGGCGGCUGCUCUGAUGAUGACCACGCCAGAGACCCUCAACGUGCGCCUUCCAGACACUAUACUUGAAGCCGAAAACAUCGGCAAAGAAAAACCCAACACGGCCACGUCACAGUUUUGAGAUUAAACUUAGGAAAUAGUUAUGAAAUAAAUAAUAUAGAGAAUAAUUUUAACAGUAAUCAUAAUGGUAUUUAUAAAAAAUUAAAUGUUAUAACAGACAAACGGCGGUUUAUUGGUGUUGUUUAAUGGUGUUUUAAUAUGUGCAUUAUGAGUUAGCUCUGUGAUACUGCAAGUGAUUAUAAUAGAUGCCCUAUAAAUAUCAGUAAUAAUGAUUGGUGAAAUAUAAGAGGACUUAAUUUAGUAGGAUAUUUCUAAUUCAAAAUAUAAUUAUGUUCUGUGUAAAUUAGAGAAAUAUAGAUUUUAAACGAAUAUUUAUUCUUGUGUUCUUUGUUAUGUAAUUUCUAAUAUAGUAUUUUGUACUUUAUAAAAUGAAAUAUUAUAUUGUAAUAUGAAUAACGUAAACGUUGUGAUAUAAUGAGUGAUUAGAUACGAAUUUUGUACCUACCGAAACAUUCAAAUUAUAUUUUUUGUAAUUCAUGGAAUGUUAAUAAAUAAAAUAUUGAAAAAUAUGUAUUUGUUCUUUUAGGUAUUUAUUGUAGAGUAAUUUAUACUUCAACAGAUUUAAUUUGUUAAUUUAUAUUAUAAGUACUCUUAUUUUAAUGUUUAUGAAACAAAAUAAAUUAUCAUGAGUGAGCCUA